CUCCGAUGCGAUUAGAAGCCCCAUUUCUUAGCGAGGGUUUACAAUUGGGCAGAAGCACUCUAUGUGGCUGACCUGCUCUUGCGCCUUUCCCGUUACGAUUUCCGGCGGAUUCCGGGUUGGAUCUCCGGUCAGGUGACCAUUUCAAGUGAGAUGGCAGCUUCACAUAAUGUCGAGAUGGAGGCUGCCAAGUUUCUUCAGAAACUUAUUCAAGAAUCAAAAGACGAACCUGCAAAAUUGGCUACAAAACUUUAUGUGAUAUUGCAACAUAUGAAAUCGAGUGGCAAGGAACAUUCAAUGCCAUAUCAAGUAAUAUCAAGGGCCAUGGAGACUGUUAUUGAUCAACAUGGCCUUGACAUUGAAGCUUUGAAGCUAUCACGCCUUCCUUUGACCAGUGGUAAUCAAAUGGGUGAUUCAACAUCUGCUCAGUUUGCUGGGUCAUCACAACCAGGCGGGGUUGCAAAAGAUUCAAAAGUGGGCUUGGCCGAAAAUGAGAUGUCUAAAGUUGACCCAUUUACUUCAAACAGGCCACCUGUUGGCCCAAGCAGUGCAGGACAUGAUUAUUAUCAAGGAUCUGUGGCUCAUCGGAAUAGUCAGUCUUUUGAUCAUGAAAGUCCAUCUAGUUUGGAUUCUAGGUCUGCCAACUCAAAAUCACAAGAAAGGCAGCAGAGAGAUGGUAAAAAAGUCACCACAAAGAGGAAGAGGGGAGAUACAUCAUUACAAGUGGAACAGAAUAUUGAUAACAAACUUGAUACUCGAAACGCUGGUGUCAAUCCAAGGAAGGGGAAGAUGAACAAGGUUGAACCACCUGCGAGUCUUUCAGUUAAAGGGGGUGAGAAUACCAACUUUAAUGUGGUUCCAAGUAGUGGCCAAAUGGAACAUUUUGCAUCUUUGUCUGGUAGCAUGAGACCAACGCUUAGAGCCAAGCAAGAGGGCCAGCAUAUGAUAGAAAAGCAGAUGGAGUCGGCAAAUAUAAGCAAUUCAAUGCGGUUUUCUUCUAAUGUUGCUCCUGGUAAUAUGACAGCGGAGAUUCCGACACAGCAGUCAACAGCUCCGUCUCUUGGAACAAGUGCUUUUGGAAAGGUUCAGGGAGGGAUGCCUGUUGCCUCUAGCUCUUAUCCGGCAGUAGACCCAGGAUUCUCAAGUCCAAUGCAAUUCAGUGGUUCUUUGGGGCCUGGAGUAGGAAGUUCUAACAUAUCAGUCGAUGCGAACAAGAGUGGCAGGCAAAACAGUGUUUCAGAAAUGAGUAUGCUUAGGGGUGGGGCUACUAGAGAUACAGGGAAAGCUCCACUUCCCCAUGCUCCCAUGGCCUCUGGCAUGCCUUUCAGAGAACAACAGUUGAAACAGCUUAGAGCCCAGUGCCUUGUCUUUUUAGCAUUCAGAAAUGGUUUGUUGCCAAAGAAGCUGCAUCUUGAAAUUGCACUUGGAAAUUUCUUCCCUAAAGAAGGUGGCAAUACAGAUGGACCUUGCAAGGAGCUGAUUGACCAUAAGGGGAAAGCUCAGUCUUUGAAUGAGCCAAGUAGCAAUCCUGAUGUUAUGAUGCCGUUUGUAAGGCCCAACACAGCAAGGGAAACUGAUCUAAUCCCUCCAGUUGCCUCAUCUACUGGAAGACUCAUGGAGGCUGACUCCUUCCCAAAAGAAGGUGAGAGUCUAAAAGUGUCAGAGGACAAAAAUGGUCCAACUUCUGACAUUUCUGUACUUGCAGAGGAAAAGAAACAUGUUAUAGUUGCGAGAAAACCUGAGGCUGUAACACAUAGUCAGGAAAUAGCAGCUUCACAGGCAUAUCUAAGCAUGGGAUCACAGCACCCAGAUUCUUUCGAUAUGAGGGGGGCAUUUGCUGUUAGUAAUCCUGUGGAAGAUGUUGAGAUUGGCCAUCAGCAAGUUGGAAGAGCUAACCUAGCUGCUUCUACAAUGGGCAUCAAUAAGCAUAUGAACCCAGAGAUAAGUAGCUGGACUGGAAUUGGCAUUCAUAAUGAAGUUUCUAGAGGUCCCUUACUGGCCCCUUCUCCUCAGUAUGAAUCCAUGCCAGAAAGAAAAGAUGGAGUUGACAACGAUCAUCAAACUGCAAUUCAAAUGAAGGAUGCCAAUGUGAUGUCAAAAAUACAAGAUGAGGAAGAUCAGUCAGUAUUUGCUGAUAUGUCACCUUCUCCAAAGUACACCAUGUCAGAAAAAUGGAUUAUGGAUCAGCAGAAAAAGAAACUCCUAGUUGAGCAAAGUUGGGCACUAAAACAGCAAAAGGCAAAGCAAAGAAUUGCCACUUGUUUUCACAAAUUAAAGGAAAAUGUGAGCUCAUCUGAAGAUAUAUCUGCAAAAACCAAAAGUGUCAUAGAACUGAAAAAACUGCAACUGCUGGAUCUUCAACGCCGUCUCAGGAGGGAUUUUCUGAAUGAUUUCUUCAAACCAAUUACAACUGAAAUGGAUCGCUUGAAAUCAUGUAAGAAACAUAAACAUGGUAGGAGGAUAAAACAAAUUGAAAAGUUUGAGCAGAAAAUGAAGGAAGAGCGACAAAAGAGAAUUCGUGAGAGGCAAAAGGAGUUCUUCAGUGAGAUUGAAGUUCACAAGGAAAGACUCGAUGAUGUAUUCAAAAUUAGGAGAGAACGUUGGAAAGGUUUUAAUAAGUAUGCGAAGGAGUUCCAUAAAAGAAAGGAACGCAUUCAUCGGGAAAAGAUUGAUAGAAUCCAGCGUGAAAAGAUUAACUUAUUGAAGAUCAAUGAUGUGGAGGGGUAUCUGCGAAUGGUGCAGGAUGCCAAAUCAGAUCGUGUUAAGCAACUUCUCAAGGAGACAGAGAAGUAUCUUCAAAAGCUUGGAUCCAAGCUGCAGGAGGCUAAGUCUGUGGCAGGACGCUUUGAGCAUGAUAUGGAUGAGAUAGGAACUUCAAGUGUUGUUGAGAAGAGUGAAAGUAUUUUUGAAAAUGAAGACGAAAGUGAUCAAGCAAAGCAUUAUAUGGAAAGCAAUGAGAAGUACUAUUUGAUGGCUCAUAGUAUAAAAGAGAACAUUGCCGAGCAGCCGUCUUCCCUUCUGGGAGGAAAACUGAGGGAGUAUCAAAUGAAUGGACUAAGGUGGUUGGUUUCACUUUACAACAACCAUUUGAACGGAAUUCUUGCUGAUGAAAUGGGCCUCGGUAAAACUGUUCAGGUUAUUUCUCUAAUAUGUUACCUCAUGGAAACCAAAAACGAUAGAGGGCCUUUUCUUGUGGUCGUUCCUUCUUCAGUUCUACCUGGAUGGGAGUCAGAAAUCAACUUCUGGGCCCCUGGUGUACUCAAAAUCGUCUAUGCUGGGCCUCCUGAGGAGCGGCGUAAACUAUUUAAGGAAAAAAUUUUUCAUCGGAAAUUCAAUGUCCUUUUGACAACAUAUGAGUAUCUGAUGAAUAAGCAUGAUAGACCAAAACUAAGUAAAAUAGAUUGGCAUUAUAUUAUAAUUGAUGAGGGUCACCGCAUAAAGAAUGCUUCUUGUAAAUUGAAUGCUGAAUUGAAGCACUAUCAGAGCUCUCACCGAUUGCUGUUAACUGGAACUCCACUACAGAACAAUCUCGAGGAAUUGUGGGCACUACUUAAUUUCUUGUUGCCUAAUAUUUUUAAUUCUUCGGAGGACUUUUCUCAAUGGUUCAACAAACCGUUUCAGAGUAAUGGUGAUAAUUCGCCUGAUGAAGCCUUACUGUCUGAGGAGGAGAAUCUUUUGAUCAUAAACCGACUUCACCAAGUACUUCGGCCAUUUGUACUUCGGAGGCUGAAACACAAGGUUGAAAAUCAGCUGCCUGAAAAGAUUGAGAGACUUAUAAGAUGUGAGGCCUCUGCAUAUCAGAAGCUUUUGAUGAAGAGAGUUGAAGAAAAUCUUGGUUCUAUUGGAGCUUCAAAGGCUCGAACUGUCCACAACUCUGUUAUGGAGCUCCGCAAUAUAUGCAAUCAUCCAUAUCUCAGUCAACUUCAUGCAGAGGAGGUUGAUAAUUUAAUACCUCAGCAUUAUCUGCCACCGAUUAUUAGACUGUGUGGGAAGCUUGAGAUGCUUGAUCGGUUACUACCCAAACUUAAAGCAACAGAUCAUCGGGUUCUUUUCUUUUCCACAAUGACUAGGCUGCUUGAUGUCAUGGAGGAAUAUCUUAAUUUGAAACAAUAUCGGUACCUUCGAUUGGAUGGGCAUACAUCUGGGGGUGAUCGUGGUGCCCUUAUAGAUCUGUUCAACCGACAGGAUUCGCCCUUUUUUAUUUUUCUGCUCAGUAUUCGAGCUGGUGGUGUUGGAGUGAAUCUUCAAGCUGCUGAUACUGUGAUCAUAUUCGACACUGACUGGAAUCCACAGGUGGAUCUGCAAGCGCAGGCGAGGGCUCAUAGAAUUGGCCAGAAGAGAGAGGUGCUUGUUCUUCGAUUUGAAACUGUCCAAACUGUUGAAGAACAAGUAAGAGCUGCAGCUGAGCACAAACUGGGAGUUGCGAAUCAAAGCAUUACUGCUGGUUUCUUUGACAAUAAUACAAGUGCUGAAGAUCGGAGAGAGUACUUGGAGUCCCUCCUGCGGGAGUGUAAGAAAGAGGAAGCUGCACCUGUACUAGAUGAUGAUGCCCUAAAUGAUAUCAUAGCCCGCAGUGAAUCAGAGAUUGAUGUAUUUGAAUCAGUUGACAAACAAAGGCGGGAGCAAGAGAUGGCGACAUGGAAGAAAUUGGUAUGUGGACAGGGGAUGGAUGCUUCUGAUCCUUUACCUCUCCCGCCUGCUCGCCUUGUUACAGAUGACGACUUGAAAGAAUUUUGUGAAGCAAUGAAGAUAUUUGCAGUGCCAAAGGCUGGGGUAGUAUCUAACGUCGGGGUAAAGCGGAAGAGUGGUUAUCUUGGAGGUCUUGAUACUCAACAUUAUGGACGGGGCAAACGGGCUAGAGAGGUGCGUUCUUAUGAAGAGCAAUGGACUGAAGAGGAAUUUGAGAAGAUUUGUAAGGUUGACUCCCCUGAAUCUCCCAAACCAAACGAAGAAGGGAUGCAGACAAAGUUUGCAAUAGAUUCUAGUAGGUCUGUGGGGGCUGUUAUUAGCUUUGAACCUCAUGCUCCAACCCCACUGCCCCCACUGCCCCCACCACCCCCACCACCACCAUCUGGGGAUCCUCCCAUUUUGCAGCAGAGCAAAGAGGUAACACAGCCUUCAAAACGGGGCCGAGGAAGGCCGAAAAGAGCAACAUUGGAUAAGUCGCCAGUUGCCAUGGUUCCUUUAGCACCUCCUGGGCCUGUCGAAAUGACAAAUACAAUAUCAGGUUCUGAUUUGUUACCUGGUUCUACUAUAGGGGAGGGUACAAGUGGAACCAUGCAUCAUAUUGGUGUAGGGAUUACACCUAGCUCUCAGCCUGCCACUGUUUUACCUCCUGUUACUCCUGGCUCUGAACCAACUGUUGCUUCCCCUUCUGUAUCCAUUCAAGUAAAAGGACAAGGUCGGAAAACUCAAAGUGGAGUCGAAACCCCCCGGCGUAGGGGAAAGAAACCAGGGCUGGUAGCACCUGCUAUGCCUGAUGGUUUAGUUGGUCCUGAUCCAAGACUAAAUGAGCAAUCACAAAUUCAAACCCUAAAUCCAUCUGGGAGUCAAGCCAUUGCCAUGAGUGGAAAUAUAUCUGACCAUACUUCAGAUUCUUUGCCUGGUUCUGCUGCCUUAACAUGUUCCGCUGGAACUGAUCAGCAUUCUGAUGUGGGGAUUGCUUUGAAUUCUCAGGCAAUCCCCCCUUUGCCUUCUGCUUCAUUGGUUUCUCAAUCCACCCCACCUUGUCCUUCUGUACCCAUGCAAAUUAGAGCUCAAAGCCAAAAGACUCCAAGUGGAGUAGGAGUGCCUCGGCGUAGGGGGAGGAAACCAGCAAUGGUUUCACCUGCAGUUUCAGGUGUGUUGGCUGGCCAGGAUUCAAAACCAAAUGCACAUUCACAGGAUAAAUCUGGUUAUUCAGAGCUUAUUAAGAAAGAGAAUAAUGCUCAGGAAACGACAACUGUUGUCCAGGAGCAUACAUGUCAUCCACCUGAUGGUGUUUCUGGUCAGGAUAAAAAAUUAAGUGAACAGCUGGAUAAUUUUGCCCAAGCCAAGCAGAUAACAGGUUCAUCAACAAUGCAAGAAAAUACUGCCAGAUUGCCAGGGAAUGCCUCAGGGAAAACUCAAAAUACUGGUGUGUGUGAGAAGCAACCUGUGCCAGUUGAGGUUUUGUCUGAAAAUGUUUUGUCAAAACCGAAACUUAGUGAGCUUUGGAAUAGCCCAGGUGGGGUUGUUCCAAGUGUAACUCUAUCAAGUAAUACUGUUGUUGAGACGAUAAAAAGCUAUAGUUCAGAGGAUAAAAGCCAUCCGGUGGUGUCAGCUUCGAAUGCUGCAGCUCCAGUUUUUGGUCUUCCAGCUGAUUCCUUCUCUAGCUCUCCUUCCAUGGAAGGCCUUAGUAUGACAGUGCCUAAUGUUGCUGCCAAGAUUGCUCCUAAUCCUGAGUCAAAUGCUUCUUAUGCUUAUGUUGCCCCAGCCUCUCAAUCUAUCCCUCCUUGCCCUUCUGAACCUAUGCAAAUCAAAAGGCAAGGUCGUAAGACUCCAGCCAGAGUAGAGGCAACCCGGCGUAGAGGAAAGAAACAUCCUCUAGCAGCACCUGCUGUUCCUGAUGGUUCGCUUGGUCAGGAUCAAAAAUUAAGUCUGCAAUCACAGAAUAGAUCUGGGGAUUCGAUGGGGACCAAAGCCAUUUCCCUGAGAGGUAAGCAGGGAACUGAUGUGCAGGAACCAAGCGUUGUUAUUCAAGCUCCAGCAUGUGAAGUCCAUUCACCUGGAGGUUUAACUGUUCAUGAUCCAAAAAGAAAAGAGCGAUCAGCCAAUGCUACCCAAAAUAAGCAGCCAACCAGCUCAUCAGCAAAGCUUGACAGUGGUUCUGGGACUUCAGAUAAGACGUCUGCUUUAGGUCGAAUUCAGACUGCUAAUGUGAAUGAUGUUGCUCGUGUGAUGAAGGAGGUUUUUUCAGGAUCUUGCUCUCCAAAAACUCGAAUUGUCGAGUCAUUUGGAAGUGAAGGGAGGGAUCCCCCAAAAUUAGCUGUAUCGAGUAAAACCUCAGUGGAGGUAACCAAAAUUGAGAGGUCGGAGGAUAAAGCAUGUUCAGCUUUGCCAACCAUGGAAAAAACACCUCCAGCUUUUGUUGAAGAGCAAUUGGAGACUAAAGGUGAGGGGAAAGUCGACGAUGACAAGGCUUCUGUUGUGAGUGAGAGCCUUGUUCCCAUGACCAAUGGAGACCAACCUCAGAACAAUUAUGCUUCUGGCUCCAUUGGUGAGGUGGAAGAUUCAGGACAGCUUUCUAAUGAAAACUCAACUUCGCCAAAUAAAACAGAGAGCAUUUGUGCGGCUCCUCUCAAUGCUGGCCAAAAGAAUGUUGAUGCUUGCCCGAGAACACCUCAGGAUGGUGAUCUUCCUGGAUUUAGCACUGGGGCCUCUAGCGAUCAGGUUUAUUCAUCUUCGAUAUGUCCAGUAGAGGUGGAGCCUCCUGUUGCAUUUGAUAAUGAUUCUACUGAAAAACCAGGGUCUUCUGAUGAUAUUAACUGCCCACCUCAGGAUGGUGAUCUUCCUGGAUUUAGCACUGGGGCCUCUAGCGAUCAGGUUUAUUCAUCUUCGAUAUGUCCAGUAGAGGUGGAGCCUCCUGUUGCAUUUGAUAAUGAUUCUACUGAAAAACCAGGGUCUUCUGAUGAUAUUAACUGCCCCGAAGGUCUUGGAGUUUUAGGAAAAUCUGAUGAUGUUGGUGGUCAUCUUAGAGGCACCUCACCUAUUUUGGAAACUCCAGAUAACUCAGGCUUAGUAGUGGCUGCUGAUGUGGUUGAGACUGAGAUUGAUUCUGGGAACAAAACUGAGAGUGCUGUUAAAGAAUCUUCUCCUUGUGAUGUCAGAAGCAUUGAGUAUACCACGAGUCCCAUAACCGCUGAUGAUAUUGGUGAUCACUCCAGUGUGGUGGAGCAUCCUGGUGUAACCAAGGGUAAUUCUGAAAACAAUGUAGACCCUUCUCCAAAAGAGUCUCCCAAAUCUUCUCCUCUAGACAUUAAAAGUCUUCAAGGUUCCACACAACUUCCUUUAAGUCGAGAAUAUUCCGACGUUAAUAAUUUUAAUGUGAGUGUUUCUGAUAAGUUCAACUUGCCUUCUGUUGAAGCUAAAGCUACUGAAUGCUCUGGUGGAGCUAUUGUAGAGGGCUUGGAACUUCCCCAAAAAGAUAUUAAUGCUGGAGAUGUUCAGGAACCAGUUGGCACUGCAUCAGGUUAUGGUACUCCAAAAUCAGAUCAGACUCCCUCUGACAAGGGCCAAACAGGUGUUCCAUGUGGUGUUGGUGAAGAAGAAGGGGAAUUUAGGUUGGAGACUGUGCACUCAGUGGUUGCAUCUGCUAAUGCUAAUGAUGUUCCGUUGCCGCCAGAAAUUCAAAGUUCUGGGGCUGACUGUGCUGGGAUUUGCAAUAUGGAAGUGGACCUAACUGAGGGUUUGUCUGAGCACGAUCCAAUUAGCACCUUAGCACUGCCGGAGGAUUCGGAAUGUCCUGAAGCUGAGAUGAGUGAUGCAACUGACGCAUCUCAGGUUUGUGAGAUUUUUCCAGAAAGAAACAUAUCAGGAAACAGUGAUCUGCCUUCAUCGUUCUUGGUGACCGAGGGAAAGGAGGUUGACACCUAUUUGAGUCCACUUGGCAGCUCAUUUGCUGUGGAGGAUUCGAAACGAUCCAAACCUCCAAUGGAUGAUCAAAUGAAUGUUCCUCUGGUUUGUGGGACUGCACCGGUGAGCAUUUUAGAAGACAUGGAUCUGCCUCAAUGUUCCUCAGCUACAGAGGGUAAAAAUAUUGAGAGCUCGUCUGAGAAGGGUCCAGUUGGUAGCAUAAUGGCAAUGGAAGAAUCAAUUGGUUCUAAACCUGAAAGGGAUGAUCAAACAGAUGCUUUUUUGGAUCACGAACUUGUGGCAGGUUCUAAACCUGAAAGGAAUGAUCAAACAGAUGCUUCUUUGGAUCAUGAACUUGUGGCAGGUAACGUUUUAGAAAGUGUGGAUCUGCCUAUAUGUCCAUCAGCAACCGAGAGUGAAAAUGUUGAUGGUUUAUCAGAGAUGGGUCCUGUUGGCAGCUCAGAAGCAGUGAAUGUAUCAAAAGGGUUGGAAGCUGAAGAGGCUCAACAAAUAGAUGUUUCUGAGCACAGUGGGCUUCUACUUGCAAGUAUAUCAGAACAUGUGAUUCUGCCUUCUGUUCCCUUGGAGGAAGAAGACAAAAAGAUCAGCUUUGACAAGGAUCCAGUUACUAGCUCGGUUCCACUGGAGGAAAGUGAUGGUUCUGAAGCUGAAAUGGGUGAUCAAAUGGAGGCAUCACAGGCUUGUCCGAUUGUUCCAGAAAAUACCGUGUCAGAAAACAUGGAUUUGCCUUCAUCUUCUUUAAGAACAGAGAAAGAGGAAACUGAGGGUUUGACUGAGAAGGGUCCAGUUAGCAGCCUGGAAGAAUCAUUUUGUCCUGAAGCUGAGAUGUGUGGUAGAGAUGGUGCAUCUCAGGUUUGUGGGACUCUGCCACAAGAAAAUAUAUCAGAAAACAUUGAUCUGCCUUCAUCGACCAUGGUGGAGGAGAAAAAGGUUGAGGACUCCAAUAUGCGUUCAGUUGGUAGCUCAGCAGCCCUGGAGGAGAAAAAGGUCGAGGACUCCAAUAUGCGUUCAGUUGGUAGUUCAGCAGCCCUGGAGGAAUCAAAAGGAUACAAAGCCAAAAUGGAUGAUCAAAUUAUGGUUUCUCAGGUUUGUGGCAUUGUGCCAGGAAAAGCUUCAGAGAACAUGGAUCUGCCUCAUAGUCCCUCUGCAACAGAAGUUGGAAAUAUUGAGGGCUUAUCUGAGAAGGGUCCAGUUGGCAGCUUAGUAGCAGGGGAGGAAUCAAAUGAUCGGAUGAAUGUAUCUCAGGUUCCUGGGAUUGUGCAUGGAGAAAAUAUAUCUGAAGACAAUAAUCUGUCUUCAUUUUCCAAAGUGACUGAGGAAGAAAAGGUUGAGGACUCCUCUGAUAUGGCUCCAGUUGCCAGCUCAGUGGCACAGGAGGAAACAAACAGAUCUGAAGCUCAGGUUUGUGAGAUUUUGCAAGGGGAAAAUAUGUCAGGAGACAUUCAUCUGCCUUCAUCUUCCAUGGUGCGUGAGAAAGAAAAUAUUGAGAACUCAGAAACAGCUCCAUUUUCCAGCUCAGUGGGAGUGGAGGAAUCAAAAUUGUCUGAGGCUGUGGUCUGUGGGCUUGUGCCAGAAAAUGUUUCAAGAAAUUUGGAUCUGCCUCAAAGUAUCUCAGCAGCAGAGGGUGAAAAUACUGAGGACUUAUCUGAGAAGGGUCCAAUUGGCAGCUUAGUAGCAACUGGGGAAAAAAAUGAUUCUAAACUUGACAUGGUUGAUGAAAUGGAUGCUUCGCCGGUUGAUAAAACUGUGCCCGAAAAUGUUACAAAAAUUUUGGAUCUGCCUCAAAGUAUCGCAGCAGCAGAGGGUGAAAAUUACGAGGGCUUGUCGGAGAAGGGUCCAAUUGGCAGCUUAGUAGCAACUGAGGAAACGAAUGAUUCUAAACCUGAUACCGUCGAUGAAAUAGAUGCUUCGCCGGUUGAUGAAACUGUGCCAGAAAAUGUUUCAAAAAAUUUGGGUCUGCCUCAAAGUAUCGCAGCAGCAGAGGGUGAAGAUAACGAGGGCUUGUCUGAGAAGGGUCCAAUUGGCAGCUUAGUAUCAACUGAGGAAACAAAUGAUUCUAAACCUGAUGCAGUCGUUGAAAUGGAUGCUUCGCCAGUUGAUAAAACUGUGCCAGGAAAUGUUUCAAAAAAUUUGGGUCUGUCUCAAAGUAUCGCAGUAGCAGAGGGUGAGAAUAAAGAGGGCUUGUCUGAGAAGGGUCCAAUUGGCAGCUUGGUAGCAACUGAAGAAGCAAAUGAUUCUAAACCUGACGCGGUCGAUGAAAUGGAUGCUUCGCCGGUUGAUAAAACCGUGUCAGAAAAUGUUUCAAAAAAUUUGGGUCUGUCUCAAAGUAGCACAGCAGCAGAGGGUGAAAAUAACGAGGGCUUGUCUGAGAAGGGUCCAAUUGGCAGCUUAGUAGCAAAUGAAGAAGCAAAUGAUUCUAAACCUGAUGCGGUUGAUGAAAUGGAUGCUUCCCCGGUUCAUAAAACUGUGCCAGACAAUGUUUCAGCGAACAUGGAUUUGCCUGUGUGUUCAUCAGCUGCAGAAAGUGAAAAAGUUGAGAACUCAUCCGAAAAGGCUCCGGCUGAUAGCUCAGAAGAACUGGUUCUCAACUCAUCCGAGAAGGCUCCGGCCGAUAGCUCAGAAGAAGUGGAUAAGUCAAAAUUUUCCAAAGCUGAUGGAGUAUAAAUGUAGAAUUUCCUUGUACAGUUCUUGCUGUCAUUUCCUGCUGAUAUCAAUUGAUUCUGCUCAAUUAGACGAUAUGUAGUUAAGAAUUUUGUUGCCCUAUAUCUAAGUUAUCACCUGCUUUCCAGUUAUGUGUAGAUCGAGCAUUGUUAUACAUAAAGCAAUCUAGCCAAACUCUUCAGGGCAUUUACAUGUUUUCGCAGUAUGUAAAAAUUUUCUUGUCUGAUGCAAGGAACUGAAUUUGCAUGCAUGUAACAUUAAAUUGGCCUUGAAGUUGGUCUAAUUCAUUUCUGAAUGAUGUUUGCAUGUC